GAGCUGCAGAAAUGUAUCCAUAUCUCUCUCUCUCUCUCUGCCUCCUGUUUUCUUUAAGGGUGUUUUUCAAAGCCCUUUUUCCCAUCUCCUCCUCCUCCUCCGAGCACUCAGCCAAGGUGGGAAGGAGAGACUAUCUGUGAUGUGAACUGUGUUCUUUACCAGCCCUCGGGGAGGAGUAGGGCAUAAACAACCUAGCAGCAGCAGCAGUAACCACACAGGGAACAGGAGAGUCUCCACAAUGAACAGCAUAAGGACUCCUCAGCAGCCCUGUGAGGAGGAUCCAAGAGAGGCUGCAAAGAAAGGAAGAUGUCUUCGGGGGAAGAGCCUGCUCCUGUGUGCUCUCACGCUCAGUACUGUCCUUGGGUUUGCAUUGCUUCUUGCCUACACCAUCCUACACCAGGGCCUGGGUACAAGACAUGACAGUCUUUCUCCCUUCCCUCGCACCCGACCCACCAAACCUUGUGACACCGAGGAGUGUCUCACGCUCCUGGCCAGACUCCUGGAGGUGAGAAAUGCCACCAUAGACCCCUGUGAGGAUUUUUAUGGCUACGCCUGUGGCAACUGGGAAGCCAACCACUUGCGCACGGGGACUAUGGAGUCAUCAAAUGUGUUUGAUGUCCUGCUGGAAGAAAACCAGCUGAUCCUGAAGAGGCUCUUAGAGGUUCCACAGCUCAGGGUUGGAAGUUCAGCCAAGGAAAAAGCCAUCCAGUUCUACCACUCCUGCAUGGAUACCCAACAGAUAGAAGCAGAAGGGGCUCAGCCCUUGAAGGAGCUUAUAAAUCAGGUUGGUGGCUGGAACGUCACAGGCCCCGAGAAACAGACUGAUUUUAACCAGACCCUGCAAACACUCAUGGGCAAAUACAACACUUUCCCCUUCUUCAGAGCAUAUGUGGGACCCAACUCUUCUGACCCCAGCACCAAUAUCAUCCAGAUUGACCAUCCUGAGUUUGAGAUGCCACCAGAGAGUGACUACAAUGAAAAAGCAAAUUAUCCUGAGGUUGUCCGUGUGUAUUUCUCAUACCUGAUGAAGCUGGGGACACUGUUGGGAGGGCCACAGAAUGUUACCUCCACCUUCAUUUCCUUCGCCUUGUCCUUCAUCUCCAACCUCCAGAAGGAGGUCACCCCACUGCAGAAACGGCGGGAGAGAGGGAUGCUGUUCUAUCACACCACUAUCAGGGAGCUGCAGGAAAAGGCACCCGCGAUUGAUUGGCUGUCAUGCCUCCAGGCAGCCUUCCAUCCUGUGCAGCUGAACAUCUCCCAGCCAAUCGUAGUGCAUGACAUGGAUUAUUUGAAAGGCAUGUCGCGGAUUAUUGGAAAAUGGCAGAAGGGGAGUGUCCUACAGAUCUAUAUGAUCCUCUGCUUGGUUGGAAACCUCUCCCCAGCCCUCGACAGCCGGUUCCAAGAUGCACGCAGGGAGCUGUUUGAAAAGCUGCAUGGAAAGACAGGAGAAUCUGGGAUGGUACUGGCCCAUCGCUGGAGGAAAUGCCUGAGUGACACCAGCACCUUCUUUGAACCUGUGCUUGGGGAGAUGAUUGUGCAAGAGAUUUUCCCUCAAGAGACAAAGGAACUCGCUGAGAAGAUGUUCUCUGUGGUCCGAGAUGCCCUCAACAGUCGGCUGGAUCAGGUGGAGUGGAUGGAUGAGCAGACCCGACAAGAGGCCAAGGACAAGGUUUCUAAGCUUCAGGUGGAAAUUGGCUAUCCAGACAGCAUCCUCCAAACUGCUGAAAUGGACCGGGAAUUCCAGGAUCUGGAGAUACAUGACAAUACCUUUUUGCUCAAUGUGGUGGCCUGCCUGAAGGCUGUGAGGGAAAAUUUCUCCCUGAGGCUCCUUCAUCCCCACCUGCAGGAUAAUUGGGAGGUCUUCCCUUGGUCUGUCCAUUCCUACUACUCAUUGAGGCGCCACGCCGUGGUCUUCCCCGCGGGAAUGUUCCGCAGCCCCUUCUUCCACGCUGAGUUCCCCAGCGCUGUGAACUUUGGAGCCAUGGGAGUCAUCAUGGCACACGAGCUGCUUCACGCAUUCUAUGAUUACGUGGUGCCUGAGAGCUGUCCUAGAUGCAACAAGGAUGCAUUAGUGCGGGGUACAGACUGCCUGGUGGAACAGUAUGAACGCUACUCUCUGCAGGGCCUGAGAAUCAAUGGCACUUUCACCCUGCUGGAGAAUGCAGCUGACACAGGAGGACUCGCCAUCGCUUACCAAGCCUAUAAGAACUGGCUGAAAAAGCACAAACAGGAGAGGAAUUUACCCGGGAGUGGACUCUCACACCAUCAGCUCUUCUACAUCAGCUUUGCCAAUGGGAUGUGUGGGCACCAGAGCCCCGAGAGACUGCGAGCCUUCCUGCACAGGGACCCACACAGCCCACCACCACUCCGCGUCCGCGGGCCCCUCAGCAACAGCCAGGACUUUGCCAGGCAUUUCCACUGCUCCAGCACAGCACCAAUGAAUCCAGCCUUCAAGUGCCACAUCUGGUAAUCCACAUGGAGAAGGAGGGGGAGAGAGAGAGAAAGCUGGAGACUGGAGCUGUAGAAUUCAUCCCUGCUGAAGAAUGGCCUGCCCCCACACAAAGACAUUCUGGAGCCUAACCCAUUCCUCCCCAUCCCUUCUUCUCAUCCUUUUCCCCUGCCAACAGGUCAUGGUGGCAGAAGGUUCCAGUCCGGGUAGCAGGAGGGAAGAGAGGCUAAACAUAGCAGCCAGUACAGUGUGUGCUACUCCUCAAAUGCUCCCCAUGCUCUGCCCCAAUUAGGCAAAACUUGCCCUUCAGAGUGUGGGGGCACAGGCUUGCAAGGUAAAUAGACAAGCUACAAUCAUUUACAACUCUGGGGGAAACCUCACAAGUCUCCAUGCACACCUCCCACCCUGGACCACCAGGGAUAGAAGAACCCGGAUCUCUCACUCUGAAAUCACAUGGGGGGAGAGACUCACUGGUUACCGCUUCCAGAUGGGAAGAUGAGACAUUUAAUUAAUGUACAUUGCUAAAAACCCCACCUAGAUAUGUCAUGGCACACCUGUCUUAGUGCCCCCAAUAUGAGUGGGAUGGUCCUGGGAUUUUAUCUUAUUUUCUGCUACUUAGCCUAGUGUCCUGGAUCUGACCUGUCUAGCUCUUUGUGAUUGUUCCCCCCCAUCCCCCCGGUUAUUCUUACCUCUGACCACUAGGGGCCUGGCCAGCUUGAAUGGAAAGCUCAGUCCCAUUAACUUCACUGGACUUUGGAUCAAACCCUAGAUACCACUCCUCCGAUGCAGCAGUUGCCUCUCUUUUCUAAUUGCCCCCCCUGCUGAUUUCUGCUGAGAAGGAAGUAGCAGCAGCAGCUAUUCUCAAGCUUUUUCGCACUCAGAAGAAGGGGAAGAGCAUGCUCUGGCUGAAGGAGAAGAAAGGCUGAAACGGUGGAACCCCUUCUGUGGAGAAGAGGAAGGGGGGAAGCAAUGCAUGGACAGGACAGGGAGUGGAAUCUCAGGAGUCAGUGACGUAUAGUCAGUGACGUAGCUAUAAUGUUGCAAGUAAUGAAGUUCCACCAGAACCAUUGAGUUAUGAGGUUCUGAGGGACUUCCAGAUGGAAUGGCACUCCGACACAUCACUUGGCCCAUAGGGUGGCAAUGCCGCUCACACAAAUUUGGCUCUCACCCUCUUUGGUGGCACUUCGGCAGCAGCUCAAAGAAGAAGAGAGGGACUGAGGGACUCGCCGCCAAAUUCCCUCCGAAGAUCCUGCCUAGAGCCAGCCCCGGUCAGGAGGCAAUGGGGUGUGGGAGGGUGUUAUGCCCCCGCCCCAAGAUGUUAGAGAUUCCUACUAGUUGCCCCCAGUCACUCCAUAUGGAGAUAACAGAUAAGUCUUGUUCCCUCUCACAAAAAGGCAUCAGGUUAGGGUGACCAUAUGUCUCAUUUUGGCUGGGCCAGUCUCUUUUGGCCGCAGGUGGGUGGCAGAGGGGUCUUGGGCUGGCCCCACACAUGUGGGAGAAAGGGAGGCCUCGGGUUGGCCCCACAUGGGAAGGGAGGAGGGGGUGCCUUGGGUUAGCCCCGAAUGGUGUCCCUUUUCCCUUUGGGAAAAUAUGGUCACCCUACAUCAAGUUAGCUAUGGCUGGGGCCUGUUUAAUGAAAGGUUGGGAUGGUAGGGGAUGGUUUCCAGGGUUUAUGGGAACCUCCAGAGGUCAGCCUCCAGAUUUUAGAAUGCUUCUCCAAAUACCAAACUGCUUUUCAGGAAUUUUUGCUAAUCCGAUGGGGUAGUUUUGCUGCUGUUAUGUUUUUGUGACAUAGUAUUAUUGUAACCAAAUGUCAUGUAGUAAUGCAGUGUAGGGGGGAAAAGAGUAAAAGAUGUAGUGGAUUUCAGGAGCAGCAAGAAAACUGGCAUAUAAGAACAUUUCUAUGUUACUAAGAACAGCCUGAAAACUAUCAUUUUGGAGGCCCUGAUAAUUAGACCUAUAUUUAAAAAAACAAAAAACCUAAAAUUCACUAGAAUUGGCAAGACAACCCUCCUGCAGCUCACAGGCACCUGUUUCUUUGUAAAGCUGUCCCUGGGAAAUUUUUUAAAUGGUGGGAGCUAUUUUAUUCUGACCAUUAUAUUACCGGUGUGGUGAUUCUUUGGGAGUAGAUACUGGUAUUGGGAAUGAGCAUCAAAAUUAAAGCUGGAAAAGACCUAUUAAUUGUCUUACUUCCUCUCACUGUGACAAUUAGCCAGGGUUGUGGAGAGUUCUAAAUCUUUGGCAAUUUUUAAAUUAAGACUGGAUGUUGUUCUAAAAAAUGGAAUUAUUGGGGGAAGUUCUAUGGCCUGUUUAUACAGGAGGUCAGACUAGAUGAUCACAAUCAUCCCUUCUGGCCUUGGAAUCUAUGAAUCCAGUGCCAACCAGUAUAGGCCAACACAGUAUAUUCUUCAGGAGCACUUCUUUUACUUUUUUUUCUGUCAGUUUUAUUUUCCAGCUCUCAAGCACUGCUGUAAUAUCAGAGUUGCAAAUGCUGCCGGAGAAUGUUUAAAUCCAAACUAAAAUCUGUAUUCCUUGGAGUGAACAAAGAAAAUCUUAGAAACAUUUCUAUUAGUUUUAAGAAAAUGGUGUAUAUCAAACUCACAGUUUGAUAUAAGUAAUAGCACCUAUGUUGGUGAUUUUCAUGCGCUAUACAAAGAGGGUUUAGAUAUCAUUAUCUUUAUUUUACAGAUGGGGAAACUGAGGCACAGAGACACUAAUGACUUAAACAAGUUUACACAGCAGGUCAGUGGCAGAGAUGAGAGAAUAAACCAUAGGUGAAAUCCUGGCUCCCUUGAAGUCAGUGACAAAACUCCCUUAUGACAUUAAUACGACUGGAUUUCACCCCAUGUCUUCCAAUUCUUACUCCUGUGCUUUAUCCACUGCAUCACACUGACUCCCUUUAAAAAAACAACCUAAUAUUAUAUAUUUAAGAUUACUUCCAAUGAGAAACAAAUUUGGAUUUGUGGGGUUUUUCUUUUGUUUGUUUGUUUGCUUCCUGAAAGUGUUGGCAUUGCCUCCUCUGCCCUCCUCCCCCAAUAUUUUUUCCUUUUUUUUUUUUUUUAUAACAUUGGAAAUUCAGGUCUUGUCAGCCAUGCUUUUCUUGGAAGUCUCUUGGACUACCAGAGAGCUAGGAUCUUUAUGACAUCAGAGAAAUCAUGCAAAUGAAACCUGAUUCAUUGAUAUGGAAAGAGGUUUUUUUUUUUUUUUACUCUAACUGUUUUAAACGAUUUGUUUGGUUGUUGGCGGUGAUGCUUUUGUUUUUUAAACAUCUAUUUAACUAAUUCAAAUGCCUGAAUAAUCAGUGUGAAGCAAAGCUCUUGUAGAUAGGGCACACCUUGCCUUUCAAGUAUGUUUUGUGAGAUCUGAGAAUCCACAUAUCCAUGUCUUCCAAGAAAGACGUCCAGCAAAACAGGAAAAGCAAGACUUUAUUUUCCUGGUAUUUCUAAGGUUAAAAAAAAAAAAAAAGGUGGUGAAUACCUUACAGCUUAACUACACAUAGAGUUAUUCAGGGACAGCUAUUAUUGAAUAACUCCAUGUGCUGACACACCCUUACUUGGAUUGUAAACUCUUUAGGGAGGGCUCCCGUUUUGUUCUGUGUCUGUACAGUGCCUAGCAAUGGACUCCAGGUUCAUGACUGGGCGCCACCUUAACAAAUCCUGUUAGGCUUUUUUUUGUCCCUCAUAAAGAAGAGCACAAGCCCAAUAUUGCUAUCCUUUGCAGGUCACUCUUAAAGUGUUUACUGAUUCCACACCCAAACUUUUCCUCUUUGUUCAAUUUUGUUCCACUAAUUCCUAGUCCAGUCACCUCAAGAAAGACUCCCUGAAGAAUACUCCUCUUUCCUUUGCAUUUAUUUCCUUCAGAUACCACAGCCUGACCUAAUGAAUUGUGAGCAAUAUAUACUGGGAAUGAUUCAGCUCAUGGUGGAUUUUUUUAUAAUUGGUAUCUCAAAGUGUAUUUAGUUAUUUUACUCAUAAUUUUCAUAAUCAAAAAAAGAUUUUGUUAUGUCCCCAACAAACCUAUUUUUUGUUAUUUAAACUGAUUCUUAUAGUAAUCUA